AUUAACCAUGAAUUCAAACUCCCUUGUGACUUCGUUAGUGUGAACAAUAUAACAACCAAAAACCCAAGCUAGUUUUUCUGGUUCAUGUCUUAACUUUCUCUUUAGCUUUCGAGUCUUAAAUUUCUUCUGGGCCCAUUUUGAGAGAGUAUGGGUGAAACCAAAGGAGAUAACCCCAAUAAGCAGCAACAACAACCACAACAAAUUUCAGCCUCUCCAAAUGACCCCCUUGAAGAAGCAUCUCCAUUAACCGUAGUUGUGACCGGAGCUACUGCUCCCUUUAACAUUCCGGCUCCAUUAUAUGUUCCAAUCAGUGGUGCAACAUCUUCUUCAUUACCCUUUGAUCAACAACAAUUUGAGGCGGUGAAUCCGAAGAGACCUAGAUACACCAGUACCGGCCAAUGGAAGCUUCUACCAUCUCCGUCUUCCCAACAGAAACAUACUCCUACCCAAACCCCGUCCCCGAACCCCAAAACCCAUCCCCAAUCACACACUACUACCGGAGCUUCUUCCUCGGAUACAGCCUCAUCCCCACCUCACUCUCCUCUCCCGUCUCUCUCCGCAACCUCAGGCCAAGACACAACCAAAACAGAAGGAGAAGAACAAAACCCAUCUCUUCACCGCAGUCAAUUCCGAAGAGGCAAGUAUGUCAGCCCGGUUUGGAAGCCCCACGAGAUGUUGUGGCUAGCCAAGGCUUGGAGGGCUAUUUAUCAAAGCCAAGGCUCAGACGGGUCCGGUUCAUCUUCAAGAACGGAACACCACUCAGAUAUCACUGGUCAACCCACCAGAGCCAAAACAAGGGCUGAUAAGGACAAGGAAGUAGCCGAGUUUCUUCAGAAGAAUGGGAUCAACCGAGACGCGAAAACAGCCGGUACAAAAUGGGAUAACAUGCUGGGUGAGUUUAGAAAAGUCUAUGAGUGGGAAAGAGGAGCUGAGAGAGAACAAAUUGGGAACAAGAGUUAUUUUAGGCUUUCUCCUUACGAGAGGAAGCUUCACAGAUUGCCUGCUUCUUUUGAUGAAGAGGUAUUUGAUGAGCUCGCACAGUUUAUGGGGUCCAGAAUGAGGACUCCUCCGAUCAGCAGAACCAGUGAUAGCACACGGACUCAAUCUCUUUAUGUCACCACAAGUACUAUUUUGCCGCCACCACCUUCUUUCAGAGACGACGACCUCCCUCUCUCAGGUAGGGCAAGGCAGCUAAUGAUCAUGAGCGGUGGUGGGGAAGUACCUUUUUACCCCAGUGGAAGAUCGGGGAGCCUGUUAGGGUUUGAUCAUCUUCCUCCCUAUCAUCACCAAUCUUCACUAGACUACGCUGCAGGUGUUUCUUCAUCGACUUCAUCUUUGACGAAGGAGCUUCGUCGAAUUGGGAAGAUUAGGAUGACAUGGGAAGAAUCCGUUAGUUUGUGGGCUGAAGAAGGUGAGCACCACCGUGGGAGGGUCAAGAUUCAAGGCGGCUCCAGCUUCUUGAAUGCGGACGAGCUCGCUUUCUUUGAUGAUUCCAUGGUUGCCUGCACCAUGGAAGCUUUUGAAGAUGGCACUCUUAGAGGUUUCUCUGUUGACCGUUUUGUUUCUGGUCAACAAGUCAAGGUCUUUGGCAGACGAAAGCCAUCCACCCCAGGCUUCACAGAGAAGACCCUUCCCUUUGCCGAAUCCUCUAUAAGAUCAAUGCCUCCAUGGGAAUUUCAAGACCCAAGUGAGUACUACAUUACUUGUCUUCGAGUUCCACCCCCAUCGCUUCCACGCUUAUCCGAGCUUUCAAGCUACUUACUACAGCCACCGCCCGAGGAGCUCCGAUUUCCACUCCGAAAAGACGUUUACCGGGACUUGCCACAGGGGAGAGAGACUUUCUUCACUGCAUCAAAUGAUUCGCUGGAUUGUAGAGCCAUCACGUACGAUAUUGUAAGCCCCAUUAUUCGAAGCAACUAUGGUCUUAGUGCUGCCACCAGUAGAGACUCCUUCAUUGGCCUUUGGGAUGACUGCAUCAAUAGGUUCGUGUCCAAGUUUUCUUGCGUCGACAUGGUCUUCAUUCGAAAGGCUACUUCUUCAAUAUCAAUAACUGAAGCUUUGCAAGAUCAAUGGCCAAAUGUGACAGGGUUCGUGAAAAACUAUUGUUUGUGGAGAGGGGAGGAGAUUGAUCAAGUAAGAGACAGUCACAUUCAUCCUUCCAAAUCAUUAGCGGAGAAACUUCAAUGGACAUAUAAUGAUCUUCCUUACAUUUUCGGGUACUACUCUAUAGGUAAUAUGGUCACAUUUUGUGCGUUAAGUAAAGGAGGACAAGAUCGAAUUAUUGAGACUAAUUUACACACGAUUGAUCUAUCUUUGCCAUCGGAUAGACUCAAAGCCCUAGUCCUUUGUUACAGAGUUGCUGGGUUAUUGCCAUUGCUAGCCGAUAGAUGCUUCAACAUAAACAGUGGGACUACUAGUACUAGCAAUGGGGCCGCUGCAAGUUACAAGUUUAUGUUCGGUCCUUAUAGUGAUUUUGAGAGGGUUGAUUUGGGUAAUGGAAAUAUUGUUGAGUUGACCCCAAAUACAGUGACCAGAUUUUUCUCCAACCAAAGGAAGUGGUUAGCGGUAAAAGAAAUCUACGACUUCCUUGAUCACAGAAUACCCCAUGCAGAGUACAUUCACAGGUCCUCGGAGAAAGACUUGGCCUUGGUUUUCAAGCCAAGAGGGUGCAAGUUCAAGCCAAGAAACUGCGACGAGCUCGUGGAGGCGCUCAAGUACGUGACCAAAGCUCUGGUGGCGCUACACGACUUGUCGUUCAUGCACAGGGACAUAUGCUGGGACAAGGUGAUGAGGAGCACGGAGAGAGACAACGAGUGGCUCCUUUGUGGGUUCGACGAGGCGGUUGGGGCACCACAGUUGAAUCCGUACCAGGUUGCUGCGGCGGAGCGUGGCGAACACGCACCGGAGCUGGAGAGGGCGUUGCAUGGGGUGAAAGUGGACGUGUGGGGUGUGGGUCAUCUGGUGAGGACUUGUGGGUUGGCAGGUGUGCCGAAGAUGCUGAGGGAGCUCCAGAAUCGGUGUUUGGACCAAAACCCAGAGCUUAGGCCAACUGCAGCCGACUGCUACCACCACCUGCUUCAGCUGCAGUCGUCACUGUCAGUUGUCACCGCUAUGAUGUGACUACUGGGUUUUUACAGUUUUACAGGAUUGGGUUGCAUGCUAUCACAUGGCUCUCUAUAAAUGGCCACCCUUUAUUUCUUUCUUGUUUGGGUUUUGUUUUUGUUGGUUUGCUAAUUUGAUACCUUAAAAUGAAAAUGAGAGGGGAGGAUUUGUUGUCAAAGGGAUUUAUUGGUUUAUGGGGAGAAGAAUAGGCGGCGGCUACUGCAGGCUGGUUAAAAGUGACUACUGCUCUCAAAUCAAAGUCAGGCAGAGAGAGUUCGGAAAAUUUGAAAGCUUAGAUGUCGGUUUUGAUUGGAGCAUACGUCUCUCUGCAAGUGUGCUUAGGGCAGUAGGGGAUGGGUGGGUUUGACAAGGACAAGGGGUUUUAAAGUC